CGAUACUGUAUAUUUGUAUAACGUGUGCAUACGUUCUAUAUUAUCCUUUAUUCAUUCCGCCUUGAUCACAAACACGUCCCUGGACGAGGAAUUGUAUACUUUAAUUGAUCAAAGAUUCAUCUGAAAAUAAAAAUGUCUAAUCCAUGUAACUGCAAGAAAACGGGAAAUUGUCUGUGUUCAGACACCUGUCCUUCCACUGGGUGUAACUGUGCUUCUGGGUGUAAAUGUGGAGCCGGCUGUAAAUGUCCCGGAUGCCAGAUUGUUUGUAAAUGCAACGGUUCCUGUGCAUGCGGAGUUGGGUGUACUGGACCCGACACGUGCAAAUGUGCUGCUGAUUCGGGAUGUAGCUGCAAAUAGUGAAUUAAUGGUCGCAUGAACAGGCGAUAUUCAUUCAUACAUAGACAACAAUACACACAUAAUAUUGACUAUAAUCCAUAUUUUCAUAUCUUUUUUCAUAUUCUGUUAUUUUAUUGACCAAAUAAAUAUGUGAAAUUAAAA